AUCCACUUCUACUUCCCUCAACACAUCGGAUUCUUGAAUUCUAUGCAACGGAGAAACCAGAACCAAACAGCCGACAAUAUGCUGUCUUUUGCUCCUACUCCCAUCUUCUCCGGUUCCUGGGACCAUCACCCCAGCGUCCCCUCGCCGCUCUCUUCCUCCCCCAUUCGCGCGUCAUCGCCACUGUCGCCCAUUGACAGAAACUCGCACCCCCAGCGCCAGAUCCAGUCAUCACCCAUUCAGCCAAUCAAGUUCAAGUUUGCAUCACGUCCCACGCGGCCGAACCCCGUUGUGCGAAAGCGGGAGGAUGUGCAAGAAGGCAGGCGACGCCUGUUUCUGAACAAUGUGCGCCAGAAGAGUGAGGACAAGGCCUGGCAGAGACGGGACAUCGAGGGACAGUUCCUAAAGACAAACUACCUCGCAGACCGGGGACAACUGGCCCGUGACGCUCCCGAGUUUACCGACGCAGACAUCGAAGAUGCCAUGGCAUUCCAGCAAGAACAAAUUCAAACCCCAGAGGAAGAUGACAUGAUGAUGGAUGAGGACGACCAGCUCGAGGCUAUGCUUGCAUCCUACCAAGAUCAGACAUCAACAUCAUCGCAGCGGCCACCCUCGCCAGCACUGUCAGACGAGGACUAUGACGACAUCUUUGCUGAGCUCAUUGCUCAAGAACAGUCACAACAGAGCGCCAACCCUGGGUCACUAUACCGGAUAGACGAAGCUGGGGAUACUGAGAUGCAGUGA